AUCCAAUUCGCAGCAUGUAGUCAUAGCAGUGCCUGGUAGGUGGCGUUUUUGUUUCAUAUUUCUCUUUGCAACCAUGGCUGAAGAUGCACAACGCCGAGUAGAGUCAGCUCUUUCCAGUUUUGUCGAUGAAAUCGAAAAAUCCAACCUCAGAAAAAUGCAGCAGAGUUCGUCUUGGAAAACGGGACUUGUUUCUGAUUCGUGUCUGAACCAAAAAGAAUUUGUGGCGCCUACGGAGAAUCAGGAAAGACGAAUUGCACUUGUCGAUUUGUCAUCCAGUAUAGACAUCAAUCACAUUGUUGAAGAAGAUGGUGUGAAAAGGUUAGCCUACUUUUAUGUCUACGCCACAAAACUGCAGUCUUUGGCUUCUGCUGGCAGGAAUAGCAUGGGAUUGGCUUCAGGUUUUCUCGAUCUGAAACCUCUAAUGCAUUGGAGUGUUGUCGUAAAAUUCGAGUCGCCUGAAUCCAUUUACACGUUGGACGCUGACACAUCGGGUGGUCUAACAGGUGCAAAAUAUGUCGUUAAGGUAAAACGCCAAUAUCCUGAAAAAGUGCAACGCAUAAUAGAAGUUGGAUCAAUAAUAAUCUCCCCGCAAGAAUUAAUUCAACGCGCCCGGAUAUUAUACCUUAAUGAGGGCAUGUACGACUUCAUUUUUGCCAAUUGUCAAUCUUGGGCACACAAAUUCUGUUGUGAGAUUUCGCCGGAUUUUGCUGCCAAUCUGCCUGUUACAAUUGGUGACUGCACGACGAUAGCCGCAACUAUUGGCGUGGGUGUUCUUUCCUUGGGUGCCGCCGGUAUAGGUAUUGGAUGGGCCCUUUGUAAAAUGCUCCAGGAUCGUCAAUCGAAACUGCCUUCAUCGAUGAACGAAGAAGAAGAAAAUGAUGACAUUUAAACAAUUUGCUUUUAAGUAGCCGACUUGUGCGCAGUCGAUGUUACUUUAAACAUACUUUACCCUGUCGAAAAAGUAUUAUCCCUUCCUCAAGAACGCUUCGUCCAAUUAUUCGUAUUAGAUUAAAUAA